AUGGAAUAUAUGGAGAAAAUGUUAAAGCACAUACUGCGUAAUUUCCCGGAGAAGGAGCUGCUGUACCAAAAGCUUCAUGAUGAAAAUGAAUCGAAUGAAGCCACACACGCGCUGGAUAACAGUUUUGAUGAAUUUUGUGAACUAUCCGAGGAAACAGUAGAACUCACGUCAACAACCGUAUUGAGCCUGGCAAAAUUUUUGUCUAAAAUUGAUUUUCACCGAUUAUCGUGUGAAUUAAUUUGGUGCAGUGGGUUUUUAGCAGUUCUAGAGUUUAUCCAGAAUCGUGGCCUGAAGGUAGCCGUUUCUUCUGACACGCGCAUUAGAACAUUUCUGAUAGUAUUGUCUAAGGAAUUACGAAGGAAAUUUGCAGUUUUCGAAAGUUGCCACGGGUCUUUCUACACAAAUGACCGCGAUGGUUAUGAAGUGGCGCUUGGGCUUAAGGACGCUCACGAAUUCAUCGAAGAUCUGCGAGCUUUGGAAUUGACCGAAGAAGAAAAAACACAGCUGGAGAAUAUAUGCUUUGACGAAUAA